AUGGAAGUUGCAAUUACCGAAUCAUUCAAUGCUCCCAAAUUACAUUUGAAAACAUGUACUGGUAAAAUAUCAUAUAAAUGUGAAAUGUGUAGUAAAUUGUUUACUUUAAAAGGUAAUUUAAAAAAGCAUAUGAGACUUCACACUGAUGAAAAACCUUACACAUGUGAAAUAUGUAGUAAGUUGUUUCCUACAAAAGGUAGUUUAAAGAUGCAUAUGCGACAUCACACUGGUGAAACACCUUAUAAAUGUGAAAUUUGUAGUAAGCAGUUUACUCAAAUAAGUAAUUUAAAUACGCAUAUGAGAGUUCACUCUGGAAAAAAAGCAUAUAAAUGUGAAAUAUGUAGUAAGCUGUUUACUUCCAAAAGUAGUUUAAAAAAGCAUAUGAGACUUCACACUGGUGAAACACCUUAUAAUUGUGAAAUUUGUAGUAAGUUGUUUAAUACAAAAGGUAAUUUAAUGGUGCAUAUGAGACUUCACACUGGUGAAACACCUGUGAUAAAACCUGUUAAAGGUGCAUCUGAGACUUCACUCUGGGAAUCACCUUAUAAAUGA